AGUUCGUCCAUGCUUUUCGCCGGCGAAAUUUAUGCUGGACAAAGUGAUCAAAAUAUUGGAUUUUUUGUAUCUUCCUUGGACUAUUUUGUGAUUUCAUUACAUUCAAGUGCUUGCCACCAUCAUAACGAUGUCAAGUGAAGACACCCAGAAGAGUUCUGAGGGAGGUGACUCAAAGAUCUCAAUCCCUAUUUCUACUCCAAGUGCUACUCCAAGUAGUGGCCAGAAAUCAGCCCAGCCUAUGAAACCUAAUUACACAUUGAAGCUGACUCUAGCUGGGCAUACAAAAGCAGUUUCGUCUGUAAAAUUCAGCCCUAAUGGAGAAUGGCUUGCUAGUUCUUCUGCAGACAAGCUUAUCAAAAUCUGGGGUGCAUAUGAUGGAAAAUUUGAAAAAACUGUAAUGGGACACAAAUUGGGAAUCUCUGAUGUUGCCUGGUCUACAGACAGUAAGUUAUUGGUCAGUGCCUCUGAUGAUAAAACACUCAAAAUUUGGGAACUAGCAUCGGGCAAGUGUUUGAAAACUUUAAAAGGACACAGUAACUACGUCUUCUGUUGUAACUUUAACCCACAGUCAAAUCUAAUCGUCUCGGGUUCAUUUGAUGAAAGUGUUCGUAUCUGGGAUGUGAAGACCGGUAAAUGUUUGAAGACACUACCUGCUCACUCUGACCCUGUUACUGCAGUUCACUUCAACAGAGAUGGCUCACUCAUAGUAUCAAGUAGUUACGAUGGACUCUGUCGGAUAUGGGAUACAGCCUCGGGUCAAUGUUUAAAGACAUUGAUAGAUGAUGACAAUCCUCCAGUGUCGUUUGUCAAGUUUUCACCAAAUGGAAAAUAUAUUCUCGCUGCCACCUUAGACAACACAUUGAAGUUGUGGGACUACAGUAAAGGCAAGUGCCUCAAGACCUACACUGGACACAAAAAUGAAAAAUACUGCAUAUUCGCCAACUUUUCAGUCACUGGUGGAAAGUGGAUCGUAUCUGGCUCUGAGGACAACAUGGUGUUUAUAUGGAAUUUACAGACAAAGGAAGUAGUGCAAAAGUUACAAGGGCACACAGACGUUGUGUUAUGCUGUGCCUGUCAUCCAUCAGAAAACAUCAUUGCAUCAGCAGCGCUGGAAAACGAUAAAACGAUUAAACUCUGGCGGAGUGACGUGUAGGACUGUGGCACUGUGCAAAAACAACCAAAAUUCGUAUGUGAGAACAGUAUUGAAAGAACUGUGAGAGGUGUUGAUUGUUCAGAAUUCAUGGUGGUUACCUCCAGUGCAACAAUAUGCAUUGCAAAAUUAACUGAAAGAUAGAUGAACUUCUCCACAAAGCUGUUCUGGGCUGAAUGUGAUCGCUAGUACUCACUGAUCUGGAAAGGAAAUUGGAGAAUGGCAGGACUGUGCCGCCUCGGACUUCGUUGUGUACAAAGGCUAUGAAAGGAAUACUUCCGAGGGUUCAGAAUGGGCAAAACCCUGACACAAAUCUAAUGACUUAACUGAUACUUGGAAGACAAUAAUGUCUCUAGUGUCCAGAACAUAUCUGAGGACAUUGCUCCUGCAUUUCUUUUUGGUAUCACUGUUUAAAAUCAUUAUAACAGGUCUAUCUAUAGGUAGACAGGAGACACUGUCAUUGUCUUUAGUCAAGUGAUGGAUUUGUCAUUCUAAAGACUUCAGAGCAGCCGGUGUUUUUCAGUUGCUGAGCCUAUCAAUGUUUAGGGUUGAACAAGUGAGCAUUUAAUGUACUAUUGUUCAAGGUGGGGAGAAUUCAUAUAACUCCCACAAGACUUCUGUGGACCCGUUACUACACUUUAAUAGAGAAUUUUUUUGUAAACUUUUCAGUAUCCCUUUACCUGAACAAAAUUGGUCUGGAAAAGUAUUGAUUGUUUCUUUAAUCUGCAUUUAGUUUGGAAGAAAUUUUGCAUUCUUGCAGGAGCAUUACAUGUACUUAGCUAAACAGUGUUGGUUAAGCACAAUUUCAUACCAAGAAAUAGACUACCUUAGUUAGUACAUAUUCUCUAGAUUAAUCUGUGUUGUCCAAGAUGUGAGAACAAUUGCAUUUCUUUUCAUGUGCUGUAAAUAUAUCAUUAAUAUCACUUCUUUUAUAUCAUGGGAAUUUGUAAAAAAACUUGUAUUGGGAAUA